AUGUUGCUGAAGACGCUUCCAAUCCUGCUCGCCCUGCCUUCCACCAUCCUCUCCAUCGUCAUCGUCCAGCCCGAUGUCUUCUCCGCUUUUGACAAACCCGAGCUACUCGGAGCACAGCGGCACGAGGGUGUCCCCGAGUACACUUCAAUCUCUCCCCAUCCUCCUCAGUUCGAGACUGCGGACGCAAGACACAGACACCGCCAACAACCAACUGCUUUGAGUCCCAAGUACGCCACCUUCCCGGAAAUCCUUGAGGAGGUUCUUGAAGAAGACGACUGGGUCAAAAUCACGAGACUUUCGCCUAAACAUGCUUAUUCCCCAUCGACUUCCGUCACCGACGACGACGACGACGACGACGAGGAUGACCCCCUCCCAGUCGUGAUAUGGCACGGCCUAGGCGAUUCCGCUGACGCAGACGGCCUCAUAUCCGUUGCAGAGCUCAUAGACUCCAUCCACCCGGGUACAUACACGUACAUCAUCUCGCCGACCGGCCAAUCCGGCUCCGCCGACCGACAAGCAUCCUUCUACGGCAACGUAACUUCCCAGCUCUCCUCCGUCUGCACCGCCCUCGCCUCCGACCGCAUCCUCCGUACCGCACCCGCCAUCGACGCCGUCGGAUUCAGCCAGGGCGGCCAGUUCCUGCGCGGCUACAUCCAACGAUGUGGCGGGUGGGCACCGCGGGUCCGCUCGCUCAUCACCUUCGGCAGCCAGCACAACGGGAUCGCCGAGUUCCAGAAGUGCGCGUCCGCGACCGACUGGAUCUGCCAGGGCGCCAACGCUCUGCUCAAGAGCAGCACCGUGUGGUCCGACUUCGUGCAGAGCCGCCUCGUCCCCGCACAGUACUACCGCGACCCGGCCGACUACGAGAACUACCUGGCCCACUCCAACUUCCUGGCCGACAUCAACAACGAGCGCGCCGUCAAAAACGCGACGUAUGUCACCAAUCUCGCCGCGCUCGAGAAGUUCGUCAUGGUCGUCUUCCGCGAUGACCAGACCGUCGUUCCCAAGGAGAGCGGCUGGUUCGCCGAGGUCAACAUGACCGCCGAAGCCGAGCGCACCGUCACCCAACUCCGCGACCGCCCCAUCUACAAGGAGGACUGGAUUGGAUUGAAGCAACUGGACAAGAAGCACGGCUUGGACUUUGUUUCUGUCGCCGGUGAGCACAUGCAGUUGAACGACAGGGACCUGAAGAGGUUAUUCAAGACAUAUUUCGGUCCAUAUGGCAAGACUUUUGAGAAAGUAGAGGAGCAGCAGCAGGCGGAGGAGUGGAAGCUCGAGUUAUAA